GAAAGGCCGAACAAAAGAAAAAAUCAAUAUACAGAUUACUCAUACGCAAUGCCAUAAUUGAGCUUGGUUAAUUAUUCAGCACUCGUGGAGCCGCUCUCUGUAUCUUUGUCUCUCUCACUUGGUAAUUUACGCUCUUGGCCACAUUAUGACGCACAACGCACACACUUUGUACGAAAUCAUGUUCAGUUCAGUUUGUAUUCAGUUGUUUAAUCGUUUGGUUGUGCCCCAAUACCGGUCAUCUCCAUGACAACGGCAAUACGAGUAUAAAAAUUCAUGUUCGUCCAGCAACAACAACAACAACAACUUGUGGAAAAGGCUUCAAUUGCAUAUAUAGCAUUUGCAAUUGUUUAAACAAAUGACAGAGCUAACGACGCGGAACCGUUUCGAAAACUCAACAAUGGCCCAAAUGGAAGAACGACCCAACGAAACAGAGGCAAGUCUAAGUAAUCUCAACAAAGAUACUACACAUAUAUCAUUGUUAAUUAGUUACUUCUCUUUUUUUGUUAUAAAAACUAAAUAUUAACCUUGAGCAUACUUAAACUCAUGUUUGAGCAAUACUUUGGCGGAAUACAGAUAAAAUUUUGUUCUCCAUAUAGUAUAUAAUAGAUAUCUGUGCACCAUUAUAAUAGAUGUUUACCUUGUCGAUAUGUUUGGGAAUGUGUGCAUGUAUCUUUUGUUGAUGCAAUUGUAAAUUCCUGACUGACAGUCAGUGUGUCAGGCACAUAUAUUGAUUUUAUAAUUUAAACAAAAUUUGAAUUAACGCUUGGGAACUCAUGCAUAUGGAUUUCGCUCACUGAGGGUAUGACAAAGAUAUCCUAUAUGUUAAAAAUGAAAUCAAUGGAUGCGAAUCGUUAUGCGACGAAGAAAACAAUUGCCCAGGGAAUGCUGGAUAUAGCACUCUUAACAGCGAAUGCAUCGCAGCUAAAAUAUAUACUACAAGUCGGAGAACAGCAUCAGUUCUAUAAGCUGAUGCUAAUACUGAUUAGUCUGUCGAUUGUUUUACAGGUGGCUGCAGGAGUUUUGCUAGUUGUUCAGUCUCUUGUCAGCAUUGCCGAGUCAAAGGAUCGUUCCUUACUCUUUACAAUCAAUCAUUUUGUGGAUGCUUUCAUAUUUUUAUCUGUGUUCUGUGAUAUAAUGAAAAUGAAUUUUGGCUUGGAUCCAGCGGUACCAUUUAAGAAUAACGAUGUUGAAGUUUUGAAAACAUAAUUACACUGU